UGAUCCAAAACAUCCCCUUGCUAUAUAUAAUGCCAUUAUUGAACUAGUUUGAGCAUGAAUUGAAGGAUAAGACCAAACUUGUGGCUUUCUUUCUAAACAAUACAAUGGAGUCAAUAAAGCUCUUCAUCCCAUUUUUCUUCAUUCUCUCCCUUCUCUCAGAGAAAGGGUUUGCUGGUCAUCACCUUCACCACCAUCAUCUCCACCACCAUUUUCAACCGAGCAAGCUCUUCGUCUUCGGAGAUUCAUAUGUUGACACGGGCAACAUCAGUCCCUCGGAUUCAAAUUAUCCCAAGUAUCCAUAUGGAAUUACCUUUCCUGGCAAACCUGAUGGACGUUUCUCCAAUGGUCGUGUUUUGACAGAUUUUGCGGCAAGAUUUAUAGGGCUGAAAUCUCCAAUCCCAUAUAGACAUUUGGAAAAGAUUGGAAUAGAAGGGGCAAAAUAUGGUGUCAACUUUGCUUAUGGUGGAACUGGUGUAUUUAAAACUGGCUAUGAUUUGCCAACAAUGACCACUCAAAUUGACUUCCUACAAAACCUUAUUGCUGACUCCACAUUUACCCCAAACCAAAUUAGCUCCUCUUUUGCCCUUGUCUCUGUUUCUGGCAAUGACUAUUCUUAUUACCUAUCUACAAAUGGCUCCAUUCAAGGUUUCAUUCCGCUGAUUGAGAAAGUUGUAAAGCAAAUAAGGGUGAAUUUGAAAAGGAUUCAUAGCUUUGGAGUGAAGAAAAUAAGUAUAACAGCAUUAGGGCCAUUGCAAUGUGUGCCAGAAAUCACAGUCGUUUCUGACUUCAAGGAAUGCAAUUCAACUAUUAGUGCAUUGGUGGAUUUCCACAACUUUUUGUUACAACAAGCUGUGGACAAGUUGAACAAGGAAACAAAUGAUUCUCCUUUCUUUGUUCUUAAUCUCCAUAGUGCAUUUUCAUCUAUAAUCCAAAACAAAGGCGUCCCUCAAGAGAACAUAACAUUCGCAACCCCAUUGCAGCCAUGUUGUAUUGGGAUAAACCCUGAAUAUGAUUGUGGAAGUGUUGAUGAACAUGGCAACAAGAAAUAUGUAUUAUGCGAUGAUCCUAAUUCAGCCUUCUUUUGGGAUGCAGUGCACCCUACACAACAAGGAUGGAUUGCUGCCCUUUCCAUCUUGAUAUCCACUAUGAAACAACAUUUCUAAAUCUAAUAGUGCAUCCAUCUAUAUUCUAUAUGUUCUAUGCGUUAUUAUGUAUGGUUUUAAUUAAGUGGGUCAAUGAAUUGUAGUAUUAUCUCUAUCAAUAUAAUAAUAAAGCUUCUCUUUAAAGGGAGAGCAUUAUCGAA